UCACACUCUCCUUCUAUCUAUCAAUUCAUCAAGCACUGUUCUCAGAGUCAGAGUGUAUCCUACAUCAUGUCGACCAAGUAUUCUAUUAUCAUCAAAAACAAAAGCCAAGAUAGCCAACGUUAUCUGAUAUUCAAUGACCCACCAAAGGCUUCUAAGAAUGUCGGAAAGGCGUGGUCUAAUAUAUGGAUGAAGACUGGCGGUACACCAACUCCGAAUGGCACCCAAAAUCUCACCAUCGAGAUCGAAAAUUUUUGCCGUCUGUGGCACAACCCCCACACCACUCGGACAUGGCGUUUCAGUCAAGGAGAGUGAUUACGCAAGUGUGUCCUUGACGGCUGAAAGCAUCCAAGGAACUGCUCCAGUCAUGAAGAUUGUUGGCGACACACCGGCUUUCACCCCACCAUACAGUAGCGUUGAUCUCGCCAACUUGUUCGGCAUUGUUACCGAUGCCUUCAAUCCUGAGCAGUACCGGAACGGUUACUGCGGGUACGGAAAGUAUGAUGAUACGGGCAAUGUGGUUCCUGUGGCCGUCUGGACAGCCAAACCCAGACAGACAUACGAAGUCACACCGGUGGUAACCUACUACGUGUCUACAGGAGAUUUUCAUGCCGGUGACGUGGUUGAUGUCACGACCCUCGGUGCGAUUGCGAAAAUUGACUUCACCACCGCCAAAGCGGGCCAGACUAUGGCUACCAUCACACACGAAAUCGACGGCAGGUAUAGCGGUCCGGUUUUCACCUAUCCUCCAACCAAGCGCAGACCAUAGUGGACAAUGAUGUAAGAGCUUGCGAUAAUGGAUGUUUAAGCGAGUCGUAUUGGGCGUUCACAAUAAUAAUGCUAGUCUUGGUGCACACGAUCCUUGAAUCGAGUCACUGCCUUUCAGAAAG